UCAGCAGAUGGCGACAUGUCAUCCAGCUGUGUGCCCCUCCUGCUACGUCUCCUGCCACCAGAGCUCAUUUAUACCGAGGUGGAAACUGACAGGCCUCCACAGAGAGGAGGCACCGUGUCGGGCAGGAUGUUGUCCCUCGUACCGCUGCUGCUGCUCGGUCUGCUGCGACCCUGCACCUCCGGAGCCGCGUUCACUCAGGAGUCAGGGCAGAGGAGCAGAGAGAGUGAGAGGGGAGAAACCUCUACUGGAAAGCGAUGUGACUCAUCCACAAAUGGCACCCUUUACAAAUACCAAGCGAGGACUCUAAAUGGUAGUUGCACUGUCAACUUGAGUGACUACCAAGGCAAGAGCGUCCUCAUUGUCAACGUGGCUACAUACUGAGGGUACACCUAUCAGUAUGUGGAACUGAAUGCACUACACGAGGAGAUGAAACCGUUUGGCCUCACUGUUCUUGGCUUUCCUUGCAACCAGUUUGGGAUGCAGGAACCGGGGAAACGACAUGAAAUCCUGCCAGGUUUGAAGCAUGUUAGACCGGGCAAUGGAUUUGUUCCAAACUUCCUGCUGUUUGAGAAAGGUGCUGUGAAUGGAAAAGACGAGCAAGAGGUUUACACUUUCCUCAAGAGCUCCUGCCCUCCGGUUGGAGGCGAAUUCGGCAACAUCAUCGGCAGAUUGUUCUGGGAGCCUCUGAAGAUGAGCGACGUCAAGUGGAACUUUGAGAAGUUUCUGGUGGGACCAGACGGCAAGCCGGUGAUGAGGUGGCACCCGAGUGUGGCCGUGUCUGAGGUGCGAGCUGACAUUCGCAAGUACUUCCUCCAGCUGUACACGCAGGACGUUUUCAACUAGAAUGUGAUAGCAAGCUGAUGUAACAAAUAGAGCAAAAGUAGCACAUCGAGUAGUGUAAUGGGACAGCUUCUGACACAUGAAGAUGGCAUGCUGAAUGAAGAGGAGGCUUGAAAACAGGAACACUGUGGUGCCUCUUCGGAAUCUGGGGUUCGGGCCAGCUUUUCAGUGCAUUCAAGCUGCCCUGCGAUCCCACAGUGCCAUGUCAUCUUCACACCCCAGGACCUGUUUGCUAUUACAGUUCAACGUUAAUUACUUCCAAUAAAUCCUAGAGAACACCAAA